AUGGCAGCAGUCAGUGCAGAUAUACUGUUUGUUUCGGAUUUUGGGACGAGCAUCAUCCUCAACGCGGUCAAUCUUUUGACCGGGGGUAUCCUCUACGGGAUAUACAUAAUUUUAUUUUGCGCUGCUGCGACUGUUCUGUGCCGCCGAGAAGGCAACGUAAAAGCAAGAGCUAUGUUGCUGGUGGCCAUCGUCACGAUGUUCAUCAUGUCGUCCUUUGGUUUCUGGACCGACAUCACUAUAUUCUUUGCAGGUGUUCAAGAUAUCUUGGUUGGCAACGUCGGUCAGCCUUUCGGGUAUAAGCAAGGGGUAUUCACAGAACAAUUCAAAAAUCUGGACUCUGUCAAGCAAGUUAUGCUUCCUUUCGAGAUUGUGGUAGGAGAUUCAAUUGUUAUUUGGAGGGCUUGGGCUCUCUCUGCUGGAAACCGAAAAAUGGUCGUUAUUCCGUUGCUAUUUCUGAUUGGAUCGGCCGCCUGCUCAUUCGCAUUCUUGGGUUGCUUUUCCCAGCAUGACUGGCCCAUCGUCAACCCAGAUACGUGCAACUCAAUUGAAAUUUCGGCGUUCAGCCUGUCAAUCGUGACGAACAUCUUGGCGACAAUUAUCAUCGGCCAUAAAUUCUGGCGUUAUCGCCAGAUAGUCGGAAGGUUUCUGAGUACAUGCUAUGCCAAGCAACAAGCUCGGACUGAGAAAAUUCUUAUCCUCCUUCUCGAAUCCGGUAUCAUUUAUUCCGUUCUAUGGAUCGUCCAACUCGUCGAAAUACUUCUGCCGUUCCCGCCAACCUUUGCCGCGCAAGUGGUUCAACAAAUUUUCAUCGCUGCUAGUGUCCAGCUUAUGGGCAUCUAUCCGGCGUUGCUGAUCGUACUCGUUUAUCUUCAACGUUCAAUGUGGGAUUCGUACGGAGCUUCUACGUUGGAAUCCGACUCGGAUUCCAACUCGGGGUCCGAUGUGAGCCGCAGCAUUCUAGUGAUCGAAAAAGCGGUGUGA